GUGCUGCCUUUCUUCCCUCCUCCUUCCUGUCGACAGCGCAUCGUACAAGGAAUCCCUCACUCUCAACACUAUCUCAGAGCCGAUACUCUCGACAACAAAUACACCUAUUUACUACAAAAUGUCCUGCCGCUUUGAAAAACACGGCUCUGCCAGCGCAGGAGCUGGAGCUGGACACGACCACCACCAUCACGAUCACGAUGGCGCGUCUCAUUCCCACGACCAUGCCGGUUCUCAUUCCCACGACCACCACCAGGAAGCACCCAAGCUGACCAGCAGCCAAAAAUACAAUCUCACCAAACUUGAAGGAUGGACCCAAAGCGAUAUCGAACAUGGUCACCGUCAUGAACAAAUCGACACCGCAGGCAAAUUCGUCGAGCGCAUGCUGCCAGCCUACGAAAACCGCGAUUGGGAGGAGCGCACCUUCACUGUGGGCAUUGGCGGGCCUGUUGGAUCCGGAAAGACCGCUCUGAUGCUGGAGCUGUGCAGACGGCUGUCGAAGGACUAUAGCCUGGCCUGCGUCACCAAUGAUAUCUUCACGACGGAGGAUACAGAUUUUUUGAUCAGAAAUAAGGCUCUCGAGGACCCUGAGCGCAUUGUUGCCAUUGAAACUGGCGGCUGUCCCCACGCUGCGAUUCGCGAAGACAUCUCCGCCAACCUGGCUGCAUUGGAGCAGCUUCAGGCAAAGUUCAAUCCCGAAUUGCUGCUGAUCGAGAGUGGUGGAGAUAACCUGGCUGCCAACUACUCCCGAGAGCUCGCAGAUUACAUUAUCUAUGUCAUCGACGUUGCAGGAGGCGAUAAGGUCCCACGAAAGGGAGGUCCAGGAACUAGUCAGUCGGAUCUGCUUGUAAUCAACAAGACCGAUUUGGCAGAGAUCGUGGGCGCAAACUUGGACGUGAUGGCCAGAGAUGCCGCCAAGAUGCGAGGACCCGGACCCACCGUGUUCGCACAGGUCAAGAAUGGCGGUGGAAUGGAUGCCAUUAUCGAGCACAUCCUUACUGCUUACAACGAGAGCGGUGCUCGCAAAGGUACCAAGUAGGAUGGGUUGUUUCCUUAAAUAAAACUGUAGCUGCAGAAAUGAUACUUUGGCAACGCGCAC